UGUUGUCAGCAACCAACGUACACAAUCCAACAUCCAGGAACUGUCGCGUGCCUGACCAGUCUAUUCACAGCAAAACAUCAUCUUUAUCCACGAACGCGGUGUCCCGGUCUUUAUAAGACCUGCCGCUGCCGCCGCCGCUCAAAUCAAUAAUCUCUGUUGUCGUCAUGAAUCUCGGAGACGGCCUGUUGUUUGAAUUUGAAAAUGGGAAACCCAAGUUGAUUGUUCUCAGUCAUGGUGUUGAAAAGAAUCCAGCAAAGCAGCUGCUCUUCAGGCCCAGAGCAGCGAAUAACAUCCUGAGCUCCAGGCAGCUCUCUUCUUGUCUGGAGGAGGUGCAGGGAGUGGAGCGUCCAACCCAGCAGCAGCUCGGGAGAUGCAAAGAGGCCAGGAGCAAGACAGUAGGGGCAGCGGCCUCCUCUUUCUCCAACACCAGCACCACUAAUGAGAGGAGCACUCCUUUGACAUCAUCCAAGACACAUGGACAUCACAAUGGGGCUGGCAUCAAAGCAGUGACCAAGGUGAACUCACACAGACACAAACAAGGCUCCACGGUUGGAUCCUUGGGGGCCAGCGGGAAAACAGCAACGCCUCAGAGCGGUGGGGCGCGAGCUGGUGGAAAGGCGGGACUUAAGGAUAAACUGGCCGGUGGGGACGCAGGACAGAAGGACAGUGUCGUGGUUCUGACAAAUGAGCAACUACAGCAGAUCCUCAACACCGUCCAGACGUCAAGGACUGGCCAACCACCACCAGAGGAGCACAACGUGCAGGGCUCACAAUCUGGCACCUCACUGAAUGAAGGGGGAGGAGGAGGAGGGGAGAUGAAGGAGGAAGACAGAGGAGGAGGGGAAGUACUGAAGAGGGUAGAAGGUGAUGGAGGAGUAAUUUAUACAACUGGAACGUCUCAGGACAAAGACAACAGGUUGUCUGGGUGUUUCUUCAGCUGGCUGGAGGGGCGACAAUCAGGCAGCAGAUUAGCCACUGAUAUCAAGAAAGCUCAGUGGAGGAGAGAACUUGAUGAGCAGGUCGCACUGAAACAGCAGCAGCAGCGUUUCCUUCCUGACAGACCUCAGACUGGGGAAGACAGAGAGAGUGUGUUAUCGCAUCACAGCUCCACCAAACACAGGGAACAGCCUGCAGCCAUCAGAUCCAGCCUCAAACUCGGGGACAUCACACCAGUGGAGGAAGUGAUGAGUGUUGACAGGAGAGAGGAGCAAAGGAGAUGUUGGCUUGUGGAGCUGGACAGACAGAGAGAGGAAACGGCUGAACGCAGGAGACGAGAGAAACUGCUCCAGAGCCAGACAGAAGACCAUGACCUCUGGACUACACACUUUGACUCGCUGCAGAGGCGGCCUCCUGUCCACACCACAGCUCCUCCAUCAGCUCCACCUCCAGCUCCAUCCAUUGGAUCUGAGCGAGGGGAGUGGGAGCCUUCAUCCAGCCUGUCCUUAGUCUGGGACGCCACAAGCAGCUGUGGAACAGAGAGUGUGGAUCUGACCAACAGGUUCCCGAGUAGAGCCAGCUACCUGAGGACCAUGACUGCCCUGUUGGAUCCCGCCCAGAUAGAGGAAAGAGAGAGGAAGAGGCUCAAACAGCUCGAGCAGCAGCGAGCAAUUGAAGCCCAGUUGGAGGAGCGCCGGCAGCAGAGGGAGAGAGAGCAGAUGAGGAGGAGAGAGGAGGAGGACAGGGAUGCAAGGAGGGUGGCUGCGGAGAGGGAGAUGCUACAGAGACAGUACAAGCUGGAGAGUCAGAAGGUCAGAGAUACUGAGCCACCGAGUCAGCAGGCUGAGGAGCCAAAGAAAGUUCACAAUCAGAUGCUGGAACCCAACAUUCCCAGUCAUUUGGAGCAGAGUGUUAGCAGUUCACUGCCCCCGUACAGAGACACUGCUGUACAGACAGACGCUCCUUCUGUCCCACUAACAGACGCACAGAGGGUUCAGACUCCUGACGUCUCUGCACAGUACCAGGCACCUGUUACUCCUCCAAACAGCAGGAACCCUGCAGUGAGGACAGGCAAGGAGAACAUCUGUUUGCCAGAAGAAGGAGGAGGAGGAGGAGGAGGAGGAGGAGGAGGAGGGGACCCAUAUGAAGCAUUUGCACGGACAGAGAGGAACAAGAGGGACAAGAGGAGGCCAGAGUGGAACACACAGAAGCCCAGCCGUCGCUUCGUUCCCGCCUCGGAGCGUUACCCAGCUGCUCUGCAGAGGAACAGACAGGAGAGUCGACUGAAGAGGCAGGCUGAGCUCCUUGCCCUGCAGGAGAGGACAUGUCUGUCCAGGACAGAACCUCCUCCUCAGCACCAGGAUCCUCGUCUCUGCUCCAACUUCACGAAGGCUGGAGCUGGACUUAACAACAAGGAGGAGACUGUUUCCAGAGGACAGAACAUCUCUACUGUCGUCAACAAUGAAAGACACAGGAUGCAGAGUCGACAGGCCCCCAACCCUCUUCCUCCACUGGUCCAGGAGUUUGUUCCUUACAUCCGAACUGAUGAAAUCAUCCUGGACCCACUGGAGUCUGCUGAUAAUCUCCCACCACACACAUACACAGAUGCUGCUCCUCUGAGCUCAGCGUCUCCUCCUUCCUCCUCACACCGGGGCUCUCUCCUCCAGCCUGAGCAGCUUUGUAAGACACACACACAUCGGCAGCAGGAGAUCCUCAGAGGCCUGGCUCAGCUACGACAGGGUUUAUUACAAAAGCAGAGAGAGUUGGAGACGGACCUGAACCCUCUAUUGAAGCGCCAUGACAACAAGCUCUAGUCCACUGACCAAAACACUGUGAAUUCCCUAGACCAAAGUCAGUUUCUCUUGUAUUUUAUUCAGUCAUUUAACACUGAUUGAACUUAGACGUUCUAUGCAUGUCAUGGAGGAGUUUAUGGAGAAUAUUAGAACAUUCAGAACCAGGGCGAACCAAGACUUGCACUGAGAACCAUCUCCACCCACAGGGGAGGAGGGUGGGAGGUAAAAGUAAUUGUGGUGAAAUGUUCACCCUUUAGGUUAGGUUUUGUCUAUUCUAUUCAAUUUUUUUUUAGCUUCCUGCAGGACAGGAAGCUUAAUAAAUCAGAUUAUGUUUUUGUGAUUUAUUUUUUUUUCUAAUUUAUUGCAAAUACCAUGAAUGUGUGAGACCAUUUACAUUUUCUACAACUGUAUUUGGUUUUGGUAUCCAGUAAUUAUACUCUUAGCUCAAUUUUUCAUUUGAAAACACAACAGUAGGGCGUCAAGACACCACUUGACACCAAGUGAAGGCGCCACUAAAGGUUCCAACUACUUUGUGAAUCACAUUUUUUACUAUUUAUAACUUCUUUGUUGCAGUCUGACUCAACAUUUUCAAAAAUCAAAAUAAGUGUAUAUAUCUUGAAUAAAGACGACUGAUUUUGAGUCUGA